GCUCUUGCCAAGCAUGAACUCGCCAUCAUUCGGUCGACACAUCGAUCUCUUUUUCUCCAGAAACGUUCAGUUUCCUGAUCAACUCUGCACCAUUUUCUGCAUGGCUUCCUCUGCAGCUUUCUUAGCUUUCCCUGUGCUGGUCGCUUUACACUUGUGUUGCUGUCAUUGCCAAGCUGCUGCUGCUGCUGAUGCUGCUGGUAGUAGCAGUGAUGUAGUAGCUGCGAUCUACAGCCUUGGCGACUCCAUCACUGACACGGGGAAUCUGAUCAAGGAGGCGCCUCGCGGCAUGUUUGAGACCAUUAAGCAUCUCCCGUAUGGCGUCUCGUUAGGGUACCCGACUGGACGCUGCUCCGAUGGCCUCCUCAUGAUCGACUUCCUGGCUCAGGACCUGGGUCUUCCGUUUCUGAACCCUUACCUAGGCAAGAACAAAAGCUUCGACCAUGGAGUAAACUUCGCCGUCGCUGGAGCCACCGCCAUGGACACUGCCGAUCAGUUCAACGGGAGAUUCUUCACGCCUUUCGCCGCUAACUCCCUUAAUGUGCAGCUUAGGUGGUUCAAGGACUUCAUGAAGUCCAGCUUCGGCACUGACGAAGAUAUACGCACGAGGCUCCAAUCUUCUCUGGUUUUGAUUGGGGAGAUUGGAGGGAACGACUACAACUACGCCUUGUUCGGGAAAAAUGUCAGCGAAGUGGAGAAGCUAAUCCCUGGUGUUGUUCAGACAAUCGUCGAUGCCACUAAGGAAGUGCUGGACAUGGGCGCGAACAGAGUCAUCAUCCCGGGCAACUUCCCCAUCGGCUGCAUGCCGACGUACCUGACGACGAAGCGCUCAUCCGAGCCGUCGGACUACGACUCCAUGGGGUGCCUCAGGGAGCUCAACCUCUUCGCCGGCAAGCACAACGCGAGGCUCCAGAGCGCCAUCGCCGACGAGCUCCGGCCGUCGUACCCCGCCGCGUCCAUCGCCUACGCCGACUACUUCAACUCCUUCCUCGCACUCCUCGCCUCCGCCGACUCACUCGGUUUCGACGCGAGCAGCGCGCGGAAGGCGUGCUGCGGCGCCGGCGGCGAGUACAACUACGACUGGAGGAGGAUGUGCGGCGCCGAGGGGACGGCGGCGUGCGCGGAGCCGGAGAAGUACGUGAGCUGGGACGGGAUACACAUGACGCAGGCGGCGUACAGGGCCAUGUCGAGGCUCGUCUACCACGGGAGGUACCUGCAGCCGCAGAUACUGAACCUCGCGGGGGCGCCAUAGAUAUCGUAGGAAGCAUUUGCAGAUCGAGUGCUUGAUCAGAUGAUGGAUGGAAGUUGGAUUGGAACCUUGCUGAAAGCUGCUAUUUUGAGGCUUCUUCACGCUGAGUUCGUUCCAUCUGCUCGACGUACGUAGUAUCACUGUAUUGGUCGUCAGUUGAUCAGUCGUGUAUCAGUAUCCGUAUGCUACUACGCGUAGUACACAUACGUAUGUAUCGAAUUAUUAUGUGCAAAUGACGCAAACAUAGUAGCAGUUUUUAUUUAA